CUAACUACCAUUCCCAGAGGGCACCGCGCUAAGGUUAUCCAAUCAGCUUUAAACAAAAAGCAUCGCGAUUCUUCGGUGAGACUCUGCUCUAUAAGCCCCUGAAACGAGCUUUGGAAAUCCUUUUUGCGAAGAUGGCGCCGAAGCCUAAGAAGGAAGCCCCUGCGCCUCCCAAAGCCGAAGCCAAAGCAAAGGCUUUGAAGGCCAAGAAAGCGGUGCUGAAAGGCGUCCACAGCCACAAAAAAAAGAAGAUUCGCACGUCACCUACAUUCCGACGACCCAAGACUCUGCGUCUCCGAAGGCAGCCCAAAUAUCCUCGAAAGAGCGCCCCCAGGAGAAACAAGCUUGAUCACUAUGCCAUCAUCAAAUUCCCCCUGACUACUGAGUCAGCCAUGAAGAAAAUAGAAGACAACAACACACUUGUGUUCAUUGUGGAUGUCAAGGCCAACAAGCACCAGAUCAAACAGGCUGUGAAGAAGCUCUAUGAUAUUGAUGUGGCCAAGGUCAACACCUUGAUCAGGUGAGUAGGGCCUCAGUCA